AUGUAUUCAGCUCCUUCCAUAAUACUCGUUACCUAUCCACAGGCAAUUAGUGGCAUGCCUGCUUCUGGUAUCUUCGCCUUCUUGUUAUUCUUCAUGUUUUUCUUAUUAGGAAUCAGCAGCCAUUUCGGGCUGACUCAGACUUUCAUCACCACACUUGCUAGUCAAUUUCCGGCUCUACAGAAAUGGAAAGGACUCGUGGUCGGAGGGUUCUGUCUGUUUUCACUGCUGGAUGAACUGAUAAUGUGUUGGCAGUUUGGCAUCUACUGGUUCCAUCUCUUCUUCAACACAAUUGGUGGAACUGCGGUACUCAGCCCCUGUUUCGUGGAAGUUUUCUUCAUCGUAUUCGCUUAUGGCAUAGAAACGCUACGCCGUGACAUACAAGAGAACAUUGGAAUCCCUACU